UUUUCGAUUUUAAGGUAUUUAAAAUAGAGACAUAGAAACUGUAUAAAUAUUUAUGAAAUUUGGUUUCACUCCAGAUUAUUUUUCUGAUUUUCGAGUCGAUUUGAAUGAUAAAAAUUAGAAACCAUUUAAUACUAAAUUAAUCUGUGUUUAUGUUUAUUUUUUGUUUGAUUUAACUUUUUUAUUCAAAAUAAAAUAAUACAGAUUUAAAUAGAAUAUCAAAUAAUUGAAAUAUUUUAGAUGCUUUAAUAAAAUAUGCAAUUUUUUUAAUUUUUAUCAUCAAUAUAAAACAAUCCUAUUAAUACUACACUAACAAAAACUGAAUACUUUAAAUCUAUGUGUAUGGGUUGUACACGGGUUGACUUGUGUAACACCUAGUGCUAAAUCGUUACGGUAUUUGAAUCCGAGAUACAUAUGUAAUGUUGAGUGCGUUCUUUUACUCUUUGGCCUUGUCCAUUUCUACAUCUAAAAGAUGCAUCCAGAUGAUCUAUUUUAGAUAUUUUAUCUAGAUAAAAAUGUUUUUCGUUUUUAUAUUUCAUAUAUGUAUUUAGAUAAAUCAUCUAUAUUUGUUGGCUAUUUUUUUAACUUGCAUUUAUAUUCAGAUGAACUUGUUAAUAAUGACUAAAAUUGCGUUUUUUGGCGGAAAAUAUGUUUUUGUAGAUUUGAAGGAAAAGUGCAUUUUUACAGUUUUGACAGAAAGGUAUGUUUUGUCGGGUUUGGUCGAAACAAUAUUUUUAUGGUUUUGAUGGAAAGAUAUUUUUUUGCGGUUUUGGCAGAAAAGUGUGCUUUUAAGGGUUUGGCCGAAAAUGCAAUUUUGCGGUUUUGAUGAAAAAGUGUUUUUUUGGUAGAAAAUGCGUUUUUACGGAUUUGGCCAAAAUGACAUUUUUGCGGUUAUGACGGAAAAGUGCGAUUGCGGUUUUGGUGGAGAAAUGUUUUUUUGCACUUUUAGUGGGAAUUUUUUAUUUUGCGGUUUUGGCGGAAAAAUGUGUUUUUGACGAAAAAUGUGAUUUGCAGUUUUUAUGGAAAAUGCGAUUUUGACAAGAAAAUACGUUUUGCAGUUUGACAGAAAAGUGCGUUUUUGCGGUUUAAGCUGCAAAAGUGCAAUUUUACGGAUUUGGUUGAAAGUGCAUUUUAACGAAAAUGUGUAUUUCUACGUUUUUUGCGGUUUUGGCAGAAAAUUGCGUUUAAUGGCGAACAAUUACGUUUUUCAGUUCUGACAGAAAAAUGUAUCUGUAAAAAGUUAGGAGUUUUGGUUUGAAAAAAAAUAUUUUGGUUUUUAAAGGUUAUUUUGUCAUAUAUUAUUUUGAGCCUAAUUAGAUGCAUUUGCAUUUAUAUGCGCAUGGAAACAUGCCCUCAUUUGAGUAAAAUUUGAAAUGAAUUUUCAAAAAUACAGUAGGAUGAUUCAUUCGUAUGUUGCAUUAUAACGUGCAUCUUCACCCAAAUUAAUUACCUUUUUAUAUUAUUUAGGCAAGGUGUAAAAGUAAUCUAUUUUCUUGUUUCAAAUUUAUUUUCACCAAUUACAAAUAGUUGCAAAAGUUAAUUGUCUAAAUUUUUUUAUGCACUCAUCGCCUUAACAAUUUAGUGCAUAAAAUGAUUAAACUAACACUAAUUACUCAAAACUUCAAACUUUUACCUUAAUUUUUUCUUUAAAUAUUAACUUUUAAUUACUAAGCUAUAAUUUAAAUAUAAAAUAUAAAAAUAAAUUUUAACUUUUAGUUAAAGUUAUUUUAGUUAUUUUUCUUUUGUGUUAAUUUUAGAAUAAGUAGAUGCUUCAUUGAUAUCGAUUAAGAGUAUGCCUUUAAUUUUGGAUGAUUCAAUUGUAGAAAAACUAAAACUAAAAAUAUUUGAUUUUAAAAAUUUUAGUUUAAAUUUUCUUAAUAUAAUUGUAUUUUUGAAUAUUUUAUUCGAAUAUUGGUUUGGUCAAAACACCAGUCCGAACCUGCACUGCACGUAUACCUUAUUUUGCAAGAGUAUGACGCGUGUCUUCAAAUUUGUUGUUUGGGCUCUAAUAAUGUCUUUCGAAGAGGCCCAAAGGUAUCAUCAUCCGGGUUGGUCUCUCACCUCACCAUUGCAUCGAUGGGACACUGUCGCGCAAGCAGUCAAAUGUGACACGUGGACUGUUAUAAGCUGACGUGUCGAAUGUACUUUCAUCAGGUGGAGGAUAAGUAAAACGUUACGGAACCAUUUCGUCACUUUCCGUUAUCUUAUUUAAACUAAAGAGGGAAACAAAGAGAUGCAAUAAGAUAAUCGAAGUCAAGCGAUAAAAAUAAAAAAAACCAAUAACAAAGAUCGAACAACUCUACAAGAGAUGACUGCAUCAAAGGAUGGCGCUAAUAGUUUCACUAACAUUUCCGUAGAGGAGCACUUUAGCGUCUCUCAAUCUACUUCCGGUGGACAGUUUGUAGGCCCCACAGAAGAAAUUUCAACGGCGGCUGAUGCACUUAUAGGGAGGUCGGCGACAUUGACGGAGGCUCUCAAAGCAGCGGCCAUUAACGUAGGCCAUAAGCCAGUGGAAACAACUGACUUAGCUGCCAUAAAAGAGUUGGAAGCUAGAGCUACCGGAGGCAAAAUAGAAAGAGGCGAUAGUGUAACCUCCAUGGCAAAUGAGGCGGUUGCUCGAAACAAAAAAAUAGGUAAAGAAGAUGACAAGAAGAUUCGUCUCCGCGACAUUGUCGCCGAGAUUGAUGUGAGGGUAACGAGAGACAGGUCAGUGACGAGUGAAGACGCGGAAGCAGUGGUUCAGGCUGAGCUCAAUCAUUCUCCCUAUAACCAUGUUAUUCCUGGAGGCGUCGCUGAGUCUGUGGCUGCAGCUUAUAAAUUAAAUCGUAGUCCCUCUAUGUGAUAUUAAUUACUUUGCGAUGUAUAUAAAAACAUAUGACAUAUUACGGUCUUAUGACGUUUGUUGGCCUCUCUUUAGUUGCACAAAAUGAAUUAUAUAUUAUAAGAACGAGCGUAUAGAUUUCAAAAGUAUAGAAAUAAAUAAAUAAAAAUAUCUGGGACAAUAGAAUUCAAGCAUAUAUACAAUUCAAAAUCUGCCAGAGUAGAGAUAUUUGCAAUUCUGAAUCUGAGAGAUGUAAGUGCAUUUCAUUUACUAUGAAAUGGUUAUACCUUAUAUGAUGACUGAUGGGAGUAGGCUUGCCGUUUUUAACCGAACCGAACUUGUGGAACCAAACCGAAAUUUUGGUGAAUUCGGUAAUGGUAAUGGGUAAUGGUAAUGAGUUCGGUUUAGUUCGGCAACUUUAUUAAAAAAAUCGAUUUUUGGUUCGGUAAUCGGUUAGUCCAUUUUUUAACAUUUUUUUUUAACCAAAUUUCAAAUUAAACAAAUCUAAAUUAUGAACCAAAUUAACCGAACAAACCAAACAAACUUAAAUUAUCUGAAUUUGACAAAAUUUAACUAAAUUGUUAACCGAAAUAUCAUCGAAACCAAAAAUUUCAAUUAGUUUCGGUAAAAAAUAUUUAAAACCGAACUAUCCGAAAUAUUUUUAUAGAAUCAGUUCAGCGAGAUUUUGAUCGAACCGAACUGUUCAAAUUCCAAAUUACCUGAACUCACAUGCCUAGAUGAAAGUACCAUUAUUGUCUCCGAGUUUAUUUACAUUGGCACAGUGCAGACUCACAAUCACGAUCCACCGGAGAGAGUGUGAGACAACUAGCUAGUGAGAAGGUGGACUUACCGCAUGGUACGUUGUUAAACAAGAGAGGAAGUGAUUCAAUAGUUAAACUCUAUCUAGACUAUACUAUCGUGGUGGAUAUUUGUUAAGAUGAAUAUGAUUUUUUUUUCUCAACUUCAACUCAUCAUUAACUAAUUAAAAAAUGUUUAAAAAAAAAUAAUUAAAAAAUGUUACAACGAAUAAUCCAACCAACAAAAACAGAACAAAAGCAUGAUGCCAAAACAUAAUUCUCUCUUCUUUUUUUUUUUCAUUUUCCUACAAAUCUCAC